AUGGUUCAUAUCUUACUCGAUCAACACAAUCCCGAGGAGACCGCAUUGGAGGCUCCUUACCUGAAAUUGUACACUUUUGGCACUCCUAACGGCCGCAAGGUUUCCACACUGUUGGAAUUGCUGCAUUUGGAUUACCAUGUCCAUUCCCUGGAUAUAACCAAGAAUGAGAGCAAGCAAGACUGGUUUUUGAAAAUUAAUCCCAAUGGUAGGAUCCCAACUUUGACGGAGGCUGAUUCCAAUGGCAAUCAGUUUUCGAUCAGCGAGUCUGGGGCUAUUCUGCUGUAUCUGGCUGACAAAUACGACAAAGACCGCAAAUUCUCGUACGCUUACGGAACAAAAGAAUACUAUGAGGAAUUGGAGUGGUUAAUGUUCCAAAUGGCCGGCGUGGGACCAAUGACAGGGCAAGCUAAUCAUUUUGUGAGGUUUACCAAGGAAGAUAUCCCUUAUGCCAAAAAGCGUUAUCUGGACGAAGUACGCCGUCUCUGCUCAGUUUUGGAGGAAAGAUUGGAAAGAAACCCACACAAAGCCUUGUUCUUAGUUGGAGAUCAUUUGUCUUUGGCUGACAUUGCCACCUACCCAUGGAUUUAUGGUCUGAAAUUUUUGGACAUUGAUGUCAAUGAUUAUCCAAAAUUGGCUCAAUGGGCAGAACAAAUCUCAAAGAUAGAGGAGGUCAAGAAGGGUAUGAGUGUACCAUAA